CCACUGUCCCAAACUGGACAUAAAAGCGAGCCCCGGCCCCAGCCCCGAAUGAGCAGCGUCCACCUCGGAGCUCCCACGCACCCCAAAACUCCCACACAUCCCCUAGUCGGGCAAAGGCACCUCUGGGUUCUUCCACAGCCAUGGGGCUGAGUCCUGCUCCUGUCCUUGUUCCUGUGCUGCUGCUGCUUGGGACCACAGUGAACGGGCAGCCCCGGGGACGGAUCCUGGGGGGCUACGAGGCCAGGCCCCACCUGAAGCCAUACAUGGCCUCUCUGCAGCUGGACGGGCAUCACGUCUGUGGGGGCUUCCUCAUCGCCGAGCAGUGGGUGCUGAGCGCUGCCCACUGCACUGAGGAGACGGAUGACAAACUCUUCCAGGUGCUGCUGGGUGCCCACUCGCUCACGGAGCAGGAGCCCCACAAACACCUGUACCGGGUGCGCGCCCAGUUCCCCCACCCCGGCAGCAACAAGCACAACAACAAGGACGACCUCCUCCUUCUCCAGCUGGAGGAGAAAGCGGAGCUGAACUCGGACGUGCAGGUGCUGCCAUUCCAGCGGGAGGACAGGGAUGUGGCUCCCGACACGGUGUGCGAGGUGGCGGGGUGGGGCGUCACCAGCCACAGCGGCCGCAAGCCCGACAGGCUGCAGCAGGUGGAGCGGCCGGUGAUCAGCCGCGACGUCUGCAACCACCGCACGCGCCACGACGGCACCAUCACCGACAAGAUGAUGUGCACCGACUCCCGCAGGAGGGACACCUGCAAGGGAGACUCUGGCGGCCCCCUGGUCUGCGGAGGGGUGGCUGAGGGAGUGGUCACUGCCGGCUCCCGCGUCUGCGGCAACUACAAGAAACCAGCCAUCUACACCCGCAUCGCCCCGUACGCGGCCUGGAUCGACGGCGUCAUGGCCUCCGCGGACGGGCAGGGGGACGCUCGCUGAGGGCACCCCGGGGACCUGCUCCACGCCACGGCUUGCUGCUGCCAGCACGGCCAGAGCACCCACGCUGCUGCCCCACUGCACACCGGGGGCUCCCACUGCUGCCCACCCCGCUCCCGGAGUGUCCCCCCACAGAAGGAGGGGGGCUGGGCCGGGGGACAGCAAGGAACCAGGGAAGGGGGUCCCUGGCCCCCUUCUUGCAAAGCACAGGGCCCAGCUGGGGGAGGAUGGAGGGUCACAGCCCCCCCACAGGCUUUGCUGAAGGUGCCCGAAACGCUGCCCACAAUCGCUGCAAUAAAGAGAUGAUGCCAUCUGCAAA